AGAGAGACGCGUCGUCGAGCCGUUUCACGGAAUACUCGGAGGAAGAGUGAGAAGAGGAAAUGCUUCGGAUACGCUCGCAGAGCAGCGUGUGCGAGCAGGAGGCCAAGUUCGUGCAGGACCGCAUUACGGCCGUGGAGAAGCACUUCGCCGAAUUGUGCACGACAUUCGCGGCGUUCACCAGGAAAUCGGCCAGGUUACGCGAUAAAGGCGACGAGCUGGCCAAAAUAAUACAUACCUACGCCGACUCAGAGACGGUGAAUCGAUCCUUGAGCACCGGGCUCAUCAACUUCUCGGCGACGUUAUCGGUUAUCGGUGAUUACAGAGAUGCGGAAGUGCAAAGACUGGACGCCAAAGUGGUCGCUCCCCUGUCGCAAUACGCGACGAUUUGCAAGCACGCCCGCGACGACGUCAAGAACACCUUCUCGGCGCGCGACAGGGAACUCGCGAGACGGAGACACUUGGAUAAGGUACGGGAGAGGAACCCGAGGAACCGGCAAAUGAUAUCGCAAGCCGAGUCGGAGCUCAUGAAAGCGUCCGUCGAGGUGACCCGGGUAGUGAAGGGACUGGAGGAGCAGAUCGACUCGUUCGAGCGACGAAAACUGCACGACCUGAAGUCCGUAUUGCUGGACUUCGUCACCGUGGAGCUGAGCUUCCACACGAAGGCGCUCGAGCUGUUGACUAAAGCGUACCAGGACGUCGCGGCUAUCGAUGAGACUAAAGAUCUCGAGGACUUUCGAGUCACGAGAGGAAACAUGAAUGGGGAAUUCAGAGAGACGAUGCGCGUUUCCGACUCCGUCGCAAGAUUGGACACAGUGGGCAGAACAUCGUUUCGACAAGCCUACUCGUUAACAAACUUGGCCAGCAGACUCGUACCUUCCCCUGUGGCGUCGCAAAAAUUUGCUGGUCGAGGAACCGAGUCAGCUGAUUCGACACGAACGGGGCUCACAAAUUCGUCGGAAUCGGUCCAGGUGGAAGAAUACCCCGACAGUACAGAGGAAACGGAAUCAGAGUCGAUUCGGGACAAGCCUGUGAGAACUAGGCAUAAAUCUAUGUAACCUUAACCGCUCCUUUAAUUUCUUGCCUUCCUAUCCUUCUAGAGACCGGUAUCGGGACAUCUUGGACGUAAAGUGAAGAAACGCUUCAUAAUCAAACCCGUCCCAGCGAUUCCCACAUAUAAAAAAUCCUUAAUAUCGUCAAUUAUAUAUCGCGUGCCUUCUAAACUGAAUCAGACGAAGUGAAUUUUCGUACACUUCCUCACCGUACACCUGCCUCAUAUUUGAAGAACAUACAAUUGCUUUGCGCGUGCAUAUGUAUAUAUCGAUUUAGGUAUUGACAGAUGCACAAAACUAUUUUGAGCAAGAUCGGACGCGGUGAGAUAUUCUGUUACAAGAAGAGGAUAUUAUGGCUGUUUUUACGUCAACGGCGGUACUGAGAAACAACUUACGUUCCAUUGAAACUGCGCAAUCAUCACUGAUGUAAUCGCUGAUGCAACUUAUUUCAUACUUCAAUUAGCACUCUGUGAUAAAUAUUAUAUAUGAAAUAAUAUCAAAAUACACUUAUGUACAUGUACGUAAAAAAGUGUAA